CAUUUAUUAGUAUUAUCAUAUGCUAUCUCUAUAAAUAUGAUCGUGGUGCAUUUCUUAUUCACGUAACAAUAUCGCCUACAAUCAUAAUUUUUAUAAAAUUGUUUUGUUGCGUAAGACACUAAUGACGACACAUUAUGUGUUGUCACGUCAUUUACAAUUUGCAAUCGUAAUCGUAUAAAUAUGAAACAAGUAAAAAUGUAUAAAUGUAUUGGUGCACCACUCUUUCGUCCGGCGAAAUAGUUACACUACUGGAAACUGGAAAGAAGGUCAGUCGUAAUUCUAAUAUGUACCGUCGAUUGUGUCUAAGUACUCGUCGCUAAGGAAAUUUCGAACUUUUAACUCUAUUACUUUCUCCUGACAAGCAAGAAAAUGCCCGUAAAAGUAUCUUUGCCGCUUGUCAUCGGCAUAAUUCAUCCGAAUAUCGGUGGAUGGGCCAGCAGUUAUUUGACAAGGAAAAAUCUCAAACCGUGGUUCGAGUCUUUAAAAAGACCAGCUUGGGCACCACCAAACUGGGCGUUCGCUCCAGUAUGGACAACUCUUUAUUGCACAAUGGGAUAUUCUUCAUACUUAGUGUGGAGAGACGGAGGUGGUUUCCGGGAGGCGGCGGUACCGUUGGCCAUUUAUGGGACUAAUUUAAUCCUAAAUUGGUCUUGGCCGCCGUUGUUCUUUGGAUUACACAAAAUAAAAUUGGCGUUGUAUGAAAUAGUUGUAUUGUGGGGAAGCACUGCAGUGUUGGGUGUGGCAUUCUACAAUGUGAAUCCGCUCGCCGGUUACUUAAUCGUACCGUACUUAGCGUGGACUACUCUCGCUACUGCAUUGAAUUACACGAUAUACAGGGAUAACAGAGAAAGUAUCGAAGCUGCGGACGAAAAGAAGGAAUAAUGUACACAUUCAAUGAUACCUCUAGAAGAUCAGCUAGUGCAAGAACGAUGCUUCACUUAAUUUUUUUUACAGUUACUGUAUCACCGUUAUUUAAUAAGAAACGUGCCUUGCAUUGAACGCACAAUGCUAUUAGUAUACACAUGUUUAUUGUUUGAUAUGAAAUAAAGGUUAGUCAAUCAAC